AAGGCUCACCUGCGAAGCUCUCUGUCUGUACCUAAAAGGAGAGAGAGAGAGAGAGAGAAUCUAGAGAGAGAAAAUCUAGUAAGAAAGGAAGAGAGAGAGAGAGAGAAACGAAGGGAGGGAGAUUCAUAAGAUUGUGUUGUGUUGGUGUUGUUUUGUGAUUUGGUUUGUUACAUUUUCUGUUGUUUCAUUUUCCUAGCUUCUCUCAAUUUUUUUAAUUAAAUAUUUCAGUUAUUUUGUUUGGUUUUGGGAGAUUUGGGAUUAUUGGAACUUAGGGUAAGAAAGGGGGAGAGAGAAAGUUUGAGAUUUCUCUCCCUCUUCCUUCUCUUUGUUUGGUUGUAUAAUUAUAAUUUUCUCUUUUUCUUUGGGGAAAAAGUUUCUAUUUUUUUUCCUGAGGGGUUUGAUUUGAGGGAUUUAUUAGGGUUUGGAUUUGUUUUGGUGUUGUGUGGGAUUGGAAUAAAAAUCUGCAACCAUGAAUAUGAUGAGAAGGUUGAAGAGCAUUGCUUCUGGCAGGACAUCCAUUUCUUCAGAUCCUGGAGGUGAUUCUAGCACGAAAAGAGCUAAGUUUGAUCAGGAAACCACAGGGAAAGUCAAUGAUGAAUCGAUUACCAUAGACAAAGGCGGCCAAGAUCAGGAAGAUUUUGUAGAUGCACAAAUGGGGGAUGCUGUUGGCACAUCAGAUGUAUCUUCGGUAGCUAAAAAUGAAAAGUCGGGUUUUGAUCAACUUCCAAAAGAAUUGCAUGAUAUGAAAAUUGCUGAUGAGAAAAGGAAAAAGAACAAUGAGAAGGAUGUAGAAGCAACUGUAGUGAGUGGUAAUGGAACAGAAACAGGUCAAAUAAUUACAACUGCUAUUGGUGGCCGAGAUGGACAACCAAAGCAGACAAUAUCGUACAUGGCUGAACGCGUGGUUGGAACUGGUUCUUUUGGAGUUGUUUUUCAGGCUAAGUGCCUCGAGACUGGUGAACCGGUUGCCAUAAAGAAGGUUUUGCAAGACAAGAGAUAUAAGAAUAGGGAACUUCAGGUUAUGCGCAUGCUUGAGCAUCCUAAUGUUGUGCGACUAAAGCACUGUUUCUUUUCAACUACGGAUAAGGAUGAGUUGUACCUCAACCUGGUUUUGGAGUAUGUUCCUGAAACUGUUUACAAGGUUUCAAAGCAGUUUAUUAGGAUGCACCAAUAUAUGCCUAUCAUUAAUGUGCAACUUUAUACAUAUCAGAUAUGCCGUGCAUUGAAUUAUUUACAUGAAGUCAUUGGCGUCUGUCAUCGUGACAUCAAGCCCCAGAAUUUAUUGGUCAAUCCUCAGACCCAUGAGUUGAAGAUAUGCGAUUUUGGUAGUGCAAAGAUGUUGGUGCCUGGUGAACCCAACAUAUCAUACAUAUGCUCGAGGUAUUAUAGGGCUCCAGAACUUAUAUUUGGGGCAACUGAAUACACAACUGCUAUUGAUAUGUGGUCUGUCGGUUGUGUUUUGGCUGAGCUCCUUCUAGGACAGCCAUUAUUUCCAGGAGAGAGUGGGGUUGAUCAGUUAGUAGAGAUCAUUAAGAUCUUGGGAACACCUACCAGAGAAGAAAUAAGGUGCAUGAAUCCCAACUACAAUGAAUUCAAGUUUCCUCAGAUUAAAGCGCACCCGUGGCACAAGGUUUUCAACAAGAAACUGCCACCUGAAGCAGUGGAUCUUGUGUCAAGGCUACUUCAAUAUUCACCAAAUCUACGUUGCACUGCGUUGGCUGCAUGUGCACACCCAUUCUUCGAUGAUCUACGGGACCCGAAUACAUGCCUGCCAAAUGGGCGACCGCUGCCGCCGUUGUUCAAUUUCACUGAAGCAGAACUGGCAAAUGCACCUGAUGAGUUGCGUCAACGUCUCAUUCCCGAGCAUGCGAGGAGUUCGAGCUGAUUAUAGCCUGUGACGAAACAGAAAAAAUCCGUAGGGCAUUGUAAAUGGCGGCUUUUUGGAUGAGAAUAGAGGAAAUUACCUUCACCAGCAAUGUUUGCACACCACAACUCUCUAAUUCUGUUGAUGAGCCUGCUCAAAAUGUGACCAUGCAAACUUGAUACGAAAACCCCUAACAUUGUAGCAAUCUCUUCUAUCAAGGAACAUGAAACAUGAAUGCAGGUGAAUAUACCAAAAGGAUGAGAAAAGUGCCAGUUCAUAAUGGUGUUGCAAUCAUUUUUAGUAGUUUAUAUGUGUUUUUGGUGUAAGCCACAUCCUGUGGAAGUUGUUGUGUUCUCUCUUACUAUCUUGUAAUCAUGAUGUUACCAUAUAGUUCACCUAAAUAUGAUUGUUUUAUUUCUUAAUUGGAACCAAGUUGGAAGAACCUUAAGUUGAGUAGGUACCUUUUUUAUGCUUAAUAUUAUAUCUACCAAUAUUCUUUUU